AUGACAAUGCCAGUGGCGACGACUAUCCCGCGGGACAGAUGGUGGAAAGUCAAAUGGUUUUCUGACGACGACACCAAGGAAGAGCGACGGCUCAUUACCAAGAUCGACAUGUUUCUGGUUCCGUACUCUGUCCUGGGCUACUGGGUGAAGUACAUCGAUCAAUCGAACUUAAAUAAUGCCUACGUCGCUGGUAUGAAGGAGGAUCUCGGCUUUGAUGGGAAUGAGCUUGUCCAGUUACAAACGCUGUUUACGCUCGGCUCCGUGCUGGGCCAGAUUCCUUUCUUGUUUAUUAUGACCUAUAUCCCUAUUCAGUGGCUCAUCCCCGCAUGCGAUAUCCUGUGGGGAGUUUUCACACUCUUGCAAUACCGGGUCCAUUCAUAUGCCGAACUAGCAGCGUAUCGUUUCAUGAUCGGUUGGUUCGAAGCUGCAUUCUUUCCUGCAAUGCACUAUGUCUUCGGUUCUUGGUAUCGAGGGCAUGAGAUUGCCCGUCGUGGUGGCAUCUUCUACACUGGACUGGGGGCCGGUACACUUACAGCCGGUCUUAUCCAAGCUGGCGCUUCUAAAGGACUCGAAGGUGUUCACGGUAUGGAAGGCUGGCGAUGGAUGUACAUCAUCUGUGCCAUAAUCACGAUCCCCGUCGGUAUCCUCGGUUUCUUUGUAAUCCCGGGAACUGUCGACCAACCAAACCGCUGGGUUGUCAACGACAACGAUAUUGCAGUUGCUCGCGACCGUCUUGAGAAGCACGGGCACGUGUUACAUGGCAAGAUGAAAUUUGGCCACGUUAAGAGAACACUCCUUUCUCUCCGCUUUUGGACCGUUGUCACCACCGAUGUGCUCUUUUGGAACGCCGGUAUCCACAAAAACACAGCAUCCUUCUUGCUGUGGAUCAAAUCGCUCCGCCGUUACAGUCCGGCACGAAUCAAUGAGCUUGGAACAAUUUCUCCGGCUCUCGGUAUUGCAUACACGCUCAUCGCAUGUUUUGCUUCGGACAUGUUCCUUGGACCAGCGUGGGCAAUCACGUUCUGUUCUGCGUUCAAUGCUUUAGGUCUCAUCUUUUUAACCAUAUGGACCGUCCCGGAACCCGCCCUUUGGUUCGGCUUCGCGACGAUGUACUGGUCCAAUGCACUGUCUAGCGUGUUUCAUGGCUGGGUCAAUAACCUGCUGCGCGACAGUCCCGAGGAGAGAAGCUUUACACUAGUACUUAUCAACCUACUAUCUCAGUCGUCGACCGCCUGGACACCUUUACUUACGUAUCCUACCGUGGAGGCGCCUCGGUACCGCAAGGGUUAUUCGUUUUGUUUGGGUUGUGCUCUUGCCCUCAUUGUCUUCACUUGGAUCAUGCACUAUUACCUUAAGCGAGAUAAAAGGUCGGCAAAGAGUGAUUCGGACGUGGAGAUGGAAGCUCGCGAGGACGAUGGUUCAAAGCCCGUGGUACAGAGGCUUUGUGUCGACGGGCGGGUCGGAGGUAUUCGCAGGGAUGACCCCUCCUAAAAUUGCGAUGGUUGAAGGCGGGAGGAAUACGGCUGUGUGCUCUUGUCGUGCGAAGAGAGAAAUCGGUGCCAGAGUUUCCCAAGAGGCUAUCUGGGCUGGAGAGUGUAGUACGGAUGACGCAAGGGCAAUGGGGGAAUUAGCUACAAACAGCGCGAUGGAAAUAAAGUGAUACAUUAUGUUUGGGGCAAGUUGUCGCAGUUUGAAAUCAGUUGCC